AAAUUCCUGGAUUUUUUCGUAACAUUGAGCAGAGUUAUCACCGCCAAGAUGCUCUAUCAUGGGAUUCGCUUUACAGCAGUUAUUUUCUGCAUCUUAUCAAUAGCUAAAGCGUGUCAACAGCCUUGCCUUUUCGUGUCAAACACGACAAACAUCUUAUCCGUUCGAGCCGAUUUAACUUCCUCAACACCAGUCCUCCAUAACCUCAACCGUGCAGUAGCUGUAGAUGUGCACGUGACCCGUAGACUCGUAUUUUGGAGUGACGUCACGGAUAAAAGAAUUAAAAGAGCCAGCGUUGAUGGGAGUGAUGUCAAAAUAAUUGUGAACUACUUCAUUGGUGUCUGCGAUGGAUUGGCAGUGGAAUGGACGACGGAUCUCAUCUACUGGAGUGAUACAACCUUGAAUAACAUAGAGGUUGCUCGUAUUGAUGGAACCAACAGAAGAACAUUGAUUUCUGACAAUUUAGAUGAACCCCGGGGAGUUGCAGUUGAUCCACUGUCCAGGCUCAUUUUCUGGACAGACUGGGGAAAGGAGCCGAAAAUUGAGCGUGCCUAUCUUAAUGGCGAAAACCGCAGAACAAUCGUCAGUUCUUCACUGGGAUGGCCCAAUGAUAUCACACUGGACCAUAGAUAUUACAAGAUAUACUGGGUUGAUGCUCUGAAUGACAAGAUUGAAUCUUCAGACUAUUCUGGAAACCAUCGCACAACGCUUUUUCAUAAUCCAGUUGUCCAUCCAUUUGGAGUUGAUUUAUUGAGCACGUCCCUGUUCUGGACUGAUUGGAACACUGUUCGGGGAGUGCACAAGCUUGAUGUGUCAACAGGAGCUGUACAGUCCAAUAUCAUCCUAUCUGGAACAACGAUGGGCAUAGCGGUUUUUGACAGCUCUAGGCAGCCCUCGUCAAUUCAUUCCUGUCAGCAAAAUAACGGUGGCUGUAGUCAUCUGUGUUUGUUAACACCCAUUGGUUAUGACUGCGCAUGUCCAACAGGGUACGGUCUUGGAUCAGACGGGAGAACAUGUAACACGUGUAAGUAG